UUUGUUGUCUUGCUGCGAGCAAUACAAUAUUCGUUUGAUAUAACAGAUGAUUAUUCUAUUCGCAAUACAAUAGCUGCCAGAUGAUGGUUAGCAUCUCGUUGGUUGGUUGCUCUCAUACCUGGAUAGGCGAUAAGACCUGUAUUAUGUAACCCAGCUCUUCCUUCUUUUUCUUUGCUUUUCCUGAUAAAGCUGGGCGCACUCUAGUACAGUGUAGCAGCCUGUCCCCAACCGGACAUGUAGACACGGGAUCUGCAGCCGUGCUUGAAGCAAUUCUGUGCUUGCAUCUCUCCACUCCACCUCUCCCUGGUAGAAUCUAAGGAGGAAGUGGGAUAUGCCGCGCACGGAGAUGAAGGCGAGGGACGGCCAAGAAGCACGCAGGUCAUGGUGGAGUAUGCUGGCCAGAGCAACGAGCAGCGGGAGAAAGGCAAGGGAGAAGAAGAGCGGGGCGGAGCCCAGAUUGGCUGCUGCUCAUUCGGACGCGUCCAUCAAGGAGCGCGUCCUGGCCAAGCUCGCGGAGCCUCUCCCCGGUGAGCUGAAGCAGGCAGCCCGGCAUUCCGUGGACGCUCCAGGGGUCGCCAGCUACAGAGAGGAUCUCUUGUUGAGCAGCACCUCAUCCAGACACUCCACCUCCUCCUCCACAUCCUACUGGACUAGCAGUCUCGACGCUGCGGACGAUCACGCAGCUCCACUCCAGGCAAGUGGUCAUUUCCACAGGGCGCGAUCCGGAUCCACGAGCGCCAUCCAUAGCUCAUGCAGCUCGCCCACGUCCAAUGUCAUUGCCCGGCUCAUGGGUCUCGGGACUCCCUACUCAACAGCAUCUCCUUAUCCACUGAUGAAGAUGAAAGAUUCCAGGAAUCCGAUGGAGCCUACUUAUCCUCAAGGUUUUCUGGAUGAGAUGGAGAACCACCUGAGACAGUGUGACCAGGCUCUAGAACGCAUCGAGGCCGUGAUGCAGCUCAAGAAGAAGCUCCUCUACCUCAGCAACAGUACCUCGGCCGCCAUCGCUGCGACUAGCAACAGGCACGAUGUCUAUGGCGCUUGCACGAGGCGAGACGAUCCAAGCGACAGGACCAGAUCGACAUGCCGGCACGCUCGAUCCAGGUCCGUGGAUCACACCAUGGCGAACUCGAGGGGAUACGAUCAUAUUCAUCAUCACCAUCACCGGGACAGGGCCGUGAUGGAGAGUACAACGCCUCGAUUCCAACACCACCACCACCGGCGAAGUGUUUCGGACGGAGGAACUCCAGUUUACCGUCCUCCCUACGACAUGGAACUGGACAUGACGAGCAUGGAGCGUGAUCCAGUGACAAAGUCUGCGAGAGCCAGAUUGUGCGACCCAUCGUCGCCACCGCGCAGCAAGACCAUGAAGAAUGCCAACCUCAUCACGAGGGCGAAAGAGGAGAUUGACGAUAUCAUCCGCGAAAGCUGUUUCCAAACACCUCACAUAAGAGAUUCGCAGCAGGGGAAGAUCGUGUCACUCAAUGGCGUUGCCGAGAGCGAGCAGCCGAGCCCAGUGUCGGUCCUGGACAACUCGCACAUCGACUCGAGCGAAGACGAUCCAGAUUGUCAAAGAGAGCGAGAGAGCAAUCGCAAGAGAGGCGCAGUGGUAAGAGCUCUGUGGGCGGACGAACCAGCAGCGGCAGCAUCCCGAAGGCCCGUGCCCCACCAAUGCGGGGACGAGGAAGACAAUGGGAGCGCGAUCGUCACGGCGAUGGAUCGGCGGUGGUCAGUGGGAAUUGGCGCGGAGACGAAGGAGGUGGCGGCAAGAGUGGAGUGCAUCAUCUUGAGGAGACUAGUGGAGGAGACGAUCGUGGCUGUUGCCCUAGCCUGCGCACGCCAUCGCGGCCGCACACGUGGCGAUCCGUGAUAGCAAUUUCAAAAUCCACACUGUAGGCCUUGC